AUGCCAGCAGCUCCUCUAAGUGUCGACACCGGUCACCAUGCACCAAUUUUUGAUGCCCGGCUAAAUUUCUUCGGCAAUCGUUUAGCGACAUGUUCUGGUGAUCAUUUGGUCAAGAUUUUUGAGGUAAAAGAGAGCGGAAUGUGUCAAUUGGCUGAAGUUUCCGGUCAUACGGGGCCCGUCUGGCAAGUCGACUGGGCGAAUCCGCGUUUCGGCACAAUGUUCGCAUCGGCUGGAUAUGAUUGCCGAGCCAUCGUUUGGAAAGAAGCCGAGGUUGGCUGGCAGAAACAAUACGAAUACACCGGGCAUGGAGCCUCGGUGAAUACGAUCGCUUUCGCUCCAGAAAGAUGUGGAUUGAUCUUUGCAAGCGGUUCUUCUGAUGGAACUAUUGCCGUUCACACUUACGAUCACCUGAAUGACAAAUGGGAGUCCGUGAAAAUCAAUGAAGCCCAUCCACAGGGAGUCAACUCGAUCUCUUGGGCUCCGGGAGUGACCCUUGGAAAAGACGGAAGAACCGUCGAAAAGCGAUUUGUCUCUUGCGGGAAUGAUAAAUUUUUGAAGAUUUGGGUCUGCAACGAGAGUGGUGAUUGGGUUUUGGAGAAGGUGAACGUCUCACACAACGAUUUCGUCCGUGACGUUGCUUGGUGUCCCGUCGUUUUCUCGGCCCUUCACCGGAUUGUCAGCGUUGGACAGGAUCGCCGAGUGGUGAUGUGGAAAUGCAACAACAUUGGCAGAGAUGAGUGGACUUUUGAGCAGAUUUCAAAGACUAGUGGCGCUCUAUGGCACGUGAAUUGGAGUGCGUGCGGCACGUUUUUCUCGGUCUCUGGCGAGGAUAACAAAAACAUUUUCUUCCGCGAGUACGCCAACGAGUGGGCUGAGGUCAAGGAUGAAGAGGAGGAAUUUGUGGAAAAA